AUGGUUCUACACCUCGGACGAUGGCCGCUGGCGCACCGGCGUGAUCGCGCGCUACUACCGCAACAAGGCGCUGGAGUCGGGCUACCUCAGCUACGAAGAAGCCAUCAAGGCGCCGCGCAGCUCCCCGGCCUAUGCGGCGGCCGACCGUGGCGAGCGGGAAACCGGCCAGCUCAGCGCCCACCUGGAUGGCGAACUGACGCCCGAGCUGUCGCUGUCUGCCAAGGUCUACGCCAACCAGUACGAGAACCAGCGCUGGCGGGCUCGCAGCAGGAGCGCUACAACGACGAGCAGCAGCAAGGCGCCAUCACCACCCUGACCUGGCGCCCCAAGGUGGCCUGGGCGCAUGAAUUCACGCUCGAAGGCGGUCUGGACGCCCAGCGGCAAAGCAACCUGGGCCAGCGCUACCGCACCACGGAGCGCGUGCGGACCUCGCAGUUCCGCGACUGGGACUUCGACCUCCAUACGCAGGGCGCCUACGUGCAGGCCGUGAUCCGCCCCAUCGAAGCCCUGCGGAUCAUCCCGGCGCUGCGCAUUGACGACGUGGAUGGCCACUUCAUCGACCGCCUGGCCGGCACGCGCGCCCCCGUGCAUGACUACGGCCUGAUCAAGCAGCCCAAGAUCAGCAUCGCCUACACCCUGAGCCAGCAGGCCAGCGUCUACGCGAACUGGGCCGGACCUUCCAGAUCGGCUCGGGCAUCGACGCCUACCGCACGCAGGAUCGCAACCUCAGGCCCUCCAUCAAUGAUGGCUGGGAAGCGGGCGUCAAGUUCUCUCCCCUGCCCUGGCUCAACGGCCGCCUGGCCUACUGGGAGCAGCGCGCCUCGGGCGAGGUGGCCCGGGUGCUGGGCGUGGACGGCCUGCCCGACCCGGGCGGCCUGGGCAACGUGGGCAAGACGCUGCGCAAGGGCUACGACAUACAGCUCAACAUGA